AAGAUGUGAAGGAGGGAGGACGCGUCCGAGCGACUCUCCGUGAAUUUGACACUCAAAUUGUAUAAAAACCACAUAUUGUGAGGAAAUUCGAGUUGAAAGGAGAACAUAAGUGAUUAUAGGCACACUAUGGCUUCGCGGGGCGGCAAAACUCCACAGCAGGGGAUAAAGGCGCACUUUACUCGGCAUAGUAAAACUACCACUACAAACAGUGGGACUAGCUUAGCCUCUCCAGCUAGUAGCUCUGUAGCUGCUAAAGAGGCUAAUGCUGGUAGCAUGACCGCAGCCAGCCUACCCCCAGAAAUGGAGAGCCUACACCGACUCAUGACCGCAUCAAUGGAGAAUAUAAUAGCUCCGCUGAAGAGGACCAUGGAUGAAGUGAAGAUAAUUGUGGAGGAUCAAGGCAAAAGGAUCGUCGACUUGGAAGAAAACGCAACGCAGCUAACUGAACGAGUCACCGCUCUUGAGGCUAUAUGUGAGCAGCUCUUGACCCAGAACGAGUCACUGAACGAACGCAUGGAAGACGCCUCUAACAGGUCUAGACGCUGCAACCUGCGCGUCACGAACGUACUACCGAGUCCUGGGGAAAGGAACGACUGUGUUCAAUUCAUGCAAAACUUUUUUGCCACAGUACUUGGGGACGUGUUCACCGAGCCACCCAUACUAGACAGAGCGCACAGGAUCGGUAAGGAAAAUCCGGGGCCCAACCCGAGGCCUAGAGUGAUGAUUGUCCGCUUCCAUUACUUUCAGGACAAGAUGCGUGCACUACGGGCAGACAGGAGCCUGCUACAAUGGAAGGGACAGAAAAUUAUGCUCUAUCCAGAUUAUGCGCCAGCUACUGUGAAACUUCGUGCCACAUUCACCAAGACCGCUGAUGAAGCACAACGAUUCUAUGACCGGCGUAUAGCCAGACUCCCGGACAUGGAGAGAAACACAACUACCAAACCAGCGAGAAGAGGGCGCGCCACCACCCAGGAGAGAGGCGACACCGGCCGGGAGAGAGAGGAGGAGAACGGCGCUGGACUAGGCAACGAAGAGGAUGGAACGCACGGGAAGAACGGUCCGGGAGGAGAGGACGAGGCGAUGGGAGGCAUCAGCGUGGAAGGAGAAUAUAACGACGAGGUGAACGACGGCGAAGAAGAAGACGGCGGCAGCGGCAGCGAGUCCGGAGACAACAUGGGGGCUCUGGACGAGAAUGACGGUACUGAGUAGCAUUGAUCCGAGAAAUGGGGUAAGAACACCACUACAACUGACACUUAUGUAAAUAGACACAUCCACGGUUGCCUGCCAAGGAAAUGGACACAUUGAAGGGAAUAGACUGAUGGGAAACGGACAGAGAUUUACUUUCUUUUGGACUUUUGCAAGAACUUGGGACUCACGGGGGGGAGGGGGAUGGUCAGGGGAAAUAAGGGAAACGCUGGUAUGGUUUAUUGGUUUAGUCUAUGUUUGAACUCUCAUUCUAUAAGAUAUUAGAUCUGGAAUCAGAUAGAAUACAAACCUUUUUUUUUGUUUUGUUCUGUUUGUGUGUGUGUGUGUGUAUGUGGGUGUGUGUGUGUGUGGGUGUGUGCGUGUGUGUGUAUCCAUUCAUACAUAUGUGUGUGGGUGCGUGCGUGAGUAUCCACAUCAGGACAUGGAUCGUGUGUGGGUGCUUUUGUGGGAAUGUGGGCAAGUUCGCAUGUUUUUGUAUGCAUAUGUAUGUGUGAAUGGGAUUUUACGUGGGUAUCUGAUAAACAUUUAGAAGCACUACAUGUUUGUAAUGACCCUUUAUGUAUUUUACUGUAAACCUUUUUUAUUUAUAUUUUCCACGGAGGGAGAGAGGAAAGAUGACGGUAUAAGGGAGAAUGUAUAAUAUUUAAGGGACUAAAUUGGUUGAACAUUGGAUAUCAUACAGGCGACAAAACAUUAUGGAACCUGAUCUGUACAGGGUUCAACUUGAAUAUCUUUUCAUACUCUUGUGUACUAAAAGAGGGAUUUGGAAGGCAUUUCCCCUUCGUCUCAGCUCGAUUGUUGUCUCUGCUUUCACCACCUAUUUCCCUCUCUCCCUCUAUAUUUUUCUAUUUGUUUAUAUUUUUUAUUAUUUUCUAUUUUAUUACUCAGUUGUACUGCAUAUAUGUUGAGGAUGAGACCGAUCUAUAUAUACAUCAAUAUUAUGGAUAAGUUGUUGACUUUGUUUUACACUGGACAUGCUAGCGUAGAGGGGCUCCCCUGUCCUCGUUCCCGGUGGGCUUGUCUCCGGGGUGCUGUGGUGGGUGCUGCCGUAGCUGGGUCGACAGCCGGUUUAGUGUUGUGGUGCUGCGGUGGCGCCCGUUGGGGCGCUCGGGAGACGGGUCUAUACGUACCCUGGUGCAAUGGAAGUAGUUUGAUAUGCGAAAUGAAUACUACCACAUUCCUUUUUUCAAGUGAAUAUAUGCGUGGUUGUGGGUGAGUGCGUAUAUGUAUUUACAUGUAUGUGCACAUAUAGGUCCGCAUAUAUAUUACCGGUUUUUUUCUGUUUUGUUUUUUUUUGUCUCUCAUGUUCAAAAAAGAACACUGGUUACUAGGUAGUAUAACUAGGAAUAUGCUCUCUGUCCUGAUAUAGAUAUAAUCCCAGAGAUUUAACUUUGAUAUAGAAUCAUGAACCGUGGAUAUUGAUACUUUUUGUUUUCUUAUUGGAACAUUGACUUUUCUCCUAUAUACCCUCUUAGGGGUUUUUGUUUAUCUUUUCUUUUAUUCUAACUCACAAUGUUAUGGUUGAGGGACCUGUGUAGAGGAGAGUCGCUCGCUGUGCGAUAGAGAUAGGAAAUGGUUAAAGCUAGCCAGGUUGAGGAUUGGAGAGGAUCACGCGAGCGAGCCUCUGUACCUUGGGGGUCAUCUUUUGUUUCUUGUUUUAUUUUUAUUUUUAUUUUCUUCAUUAUUCAAAAAAAUUUAACUGAAACAUGCAACAGACGUGAUACAGGGAAGACAGAAAAAGUACGAAAGGAAAACCUUUAUGCAAAGUAAUGAAGUAAGGGUGGUGUCAUUGAAUGUUAAUGGGUUAAACAAUCCGAUUAAGAGAAGCAAAGUCUUGGCUAAAUUCAAAAAGGAAAAGAUGCAGGUAAUAUAUUUACAGGAAACGCACUUAUCUAAACAGGAACAUGAAAAAUUCAGGAAACUCGGGUACAACAAUACAUUUUACAGUACAUUCUUAAAACAGAGUAAUAGGAGGGGUGUCGCCAUAUUAAUAUCGAACUCAGUUAAAUUUGAAUUAAUCAAGGAAAUAUGUGAUAAAGAGGGGAGAUAUAUAAUAGUGAAAGGGAAAUUGGAAAACCAAACAGUAACGUUAAUUAAUGUCUAUGUCCCCCCAGAUAGCGGUAAAUCCACGUAUGAGAAAAUAUUUGAUGUUAUUAACAAAGAAGCAGAGGGGGUUUGGCUGUGUGGAGGUGACAUUAAUCUGACUUUGAAUUAUAACUUAGACACGACAAGCACGAUUAGAAGUAAGGAACACAUUAGCAAAUAUGUGAACAUAAUGAUGAAGGAAUUGGGAAUAAUAGACAUAUGGAGAGAACUACACCCGUUGGAGAAGGACUAUACUCAUUACUCAGCACCACAUCAAAUGUACAGUAGAAUAGAUAUGUAUCUGAUGAACAAAGAAGAAAUACACAGAGUGAAGGAGUGCAACAUAGGAGUAACGGAUCUCUCAGACCAUAGUGCCAUAUACUUGACAAUUCAUCUAAAUAGUAGGAAGAAAAACACGUUAUGGAGAUUGAAUGUGGGCAUCCUGAAUAGUGAAAGUGUGAUAGAAUCAACAAAAAAAGAUAUAACCUCAUAUUUAGAAGAGAAUGAUAACGGGGAGGUGGAGCCGACAAUUUUAUGGGAUGCUCUGAAGGCGGUCUUAAGGGGGAAGUUGAUAGCUCAAACAUCUUUUAUGAAAAAGGCAAGAUUAGAAUUAUAUCAAAAACGAAUCGGAAAAUUGAAAGAUUUGGAACAACAACAUAAAACAGUGGGAACCUCUGAGAUAAUGGAUCAGAUUAAAGACAUGAGAAAAAAAGUAAACGAAAUGCUUAUGGAUGAGGUCGAAAAAAAGACCAGGUUUGUGAAACAAACAUACUACGAGGGAGGCUCUAAAGCAACAAAGAUGUUAGCUAGGAGACUGAAAAAACAACAAACAUUAAAUAAUAUUCACAAAAUAAGGGACCCCAAGACCA